GUUGAGCUGUGUUUUCUGCUAGCCGUGAUGGUUCCUGGUGACGAGCGACUGACGACUUUCUGUCAAAUAUAAAGUAUAAAACCAUCUAACAAUCUCCUCCAAGGGGCUGUUGCAGAUCUCGGAUCAACAUCCUGUGGAUGGCCCUCGAUGUACCUGUUGUGACACCUUUAUCCAAGAGGACCGACACUCUGAACCUAUGAAUGACUAAUGAGUCGCAACCCUUUCUGGAGCAUGUCUGCCAGCACGAGUCGUAAGCAGAGAUCUGAUGUGGAGGAACAGAGCGGGCAUGGGGAGCCGAGAACCAGCCCGGCCCGGCUUCCCUUUGGCAAGAAGCAGCUUCCACCCAUUCCUAAAAAUGCAGCCCCUGUUACCAAACCCUCAUCAAUGGGCACUCCAGCUCAUUCAGCUAACGGCACGCACGCCUCCUAUGGCCCCUUUUACUUAGAGUACUCCCUGCUGGCUGAGUUCACACUAGUGAUAAAGCAGAAACUACCAGGAAUUUAUGUUCAGCCAUCCUACAAGUCGGCACUAAUGUGGUUUGGAGUCAUAUUCAUCAGGCACGGUUUGUACCAGGAUGGUGUCUUCAAAUUCACAGUGUAUAUUCCUGACAACUAUCCAGAUGGAGAGUGUCCUAAACUGGUGUUCGACAUCCCAGUCUUUCAUCCACUUGUCGACCCUGUAUCUGGAGAGCUUGAUGUCAGAAGAGCUUUCACCAAAUGGAGACGGAAUCACAACCACAUCUGGCAGGUCUUGAUGUACGCACGUACAGUCUUUUACAAGAUCAACACGGUGGAGCCACUCAAUCCAGAGGCUGCAGUGCUGUAUGAAAAAGAUGUGCAGCUGUUCAAAAGCAAAGUGGUUGACAGUGUGAAACUAUGCAACAGUCAUCUAUUUGACCAGCCCAAGAUAGACGAUCCCUACGCAAUAAGUUUUUCUGCGUGGAACCCUGCUGUACACGAAGAAGCGAAGGAGAGGAUGUUUGCCUACAAGAGGCGGCCUGACGAUCACCACAAGGGAACGCAGGUGUCGGGGUUAUCCUGGGUGAAGCCUGGAUCGACCCAGCCCUUUAGCAAAGAGGACAAUCCUCCCCAGAGCUGAGCCCGCGCUGCCGUGGCCACAAGAGGGAGACGCAACCAUCAAACCGCCAUGCCACAUGGCUCGCCUCAGCCGAUCAUGUGAAGUGGAUCCUUGAAACACUUGGGAGAACUUUAUAUUAGCUCUCCACUUCUUUGCUUAGCUUUAAAAGCUUUGUAGACAUCUCCUGACACAGAUCUAGAGUAGGAGCGUUUGUAUCAUCUGAUAAUUGACAAUGACAAAUGGAUGUUUCUGCUACACCAAUACGGCUGUGACGCCAUCAAGAGUUUUUAUUUUUAUUUCCGGGGCCGGUGGUGACCUCCUUUUUGGAUUGAUUUUUCCAAAAGGAGGUGAAUAUGUGAGCAAAGCACUUAGCAUUUAUCCAGUAAGUAUAGUGGCCGAUCAGAACCACCUGUUAACUGGCUUUGGACUGUUUUUAUCAGACUUGAAUGUUCUGGGUUACAGCUGUAUGAAGAAACAUCGCAUUACACCCUCAGUCAGUACCCACUUAAAGUUAACAUGUUUUAUAUUUCUUAUCAAUCAAUGGUUUAUUUUUAUCUUCGGGUUAAGCUAUUUUACAUAGUUCUAAUAUAUAGAUAAAUCAGAGCGGGCAAGUACGGUUUUAAAUACGCUGCAUAUGUAAGCUCCUUUGCUUUUUAUUUUGCCUGAUUUAUAAAUAAUUUUGAAUGCUUUAUGUAUCUAUUGGUUAUUAAAGGUCUGUGUAAAUAUUCUACGCCUUGCAAAGGUUUGACUACAAGCUCCACGUCUGUAUAGAUGCUUUGGUUUCUUUUUUAAGUGAUAUAAGUGAAUCUUGCUUUUUUUUUUUUCUUCCUCCCCCUUCUUAUUUGGAAGUCAUUUUAUUUGAACUCCAAAGCAUUCUUAGGACAAAUAUUUUUUGAUAAGUUAUACACUACUAUCUGAACAGCACAAAUUUAUUUUAGAUAUUCAAAUUUCCAUUCCAGUAAAAUUCUGGCGAGUACCUGACGUCUUCCUCUGAGGAAGGAUCUGGCCUGAAAGGAAAAUAAUUCAUCAUCCACUUUGAAUAUGCAACUAUUGUUGGGAGUUUGGAUGCUUAAAACGGUGCAGGGAUUGCUUCAUUAAAUCAACUGUCGUUCAGGCUGUGGGCAUCUUUUCAAGCGUGCAACGUGUUCUGUAUGAAACGAUUGUCUGUGCUGCAGAAAUGGUGUGGGAAUGAAAUGCUUUAUUCUGGAACCAAUAAAAGGAUUUUAAAA